CGGCCACUAGUCCUCUACGACGGCGUCUGCCUGCUCUGCUCCACCUUUGUGCAGUUCGUCCUCGACAACGACGAGGAGGAGAUCAUCGACUUUGCUCCGCUGCAGAGCGAGGUGGGCCUCAAGGCGCUCAAGCAGGCCGGCCUCGAGGCAGACCUCUCGACUAUGGUCCUCAUCGACGAGGCGGGAGCACACGUACGCUCGACUGCCGCUCUCCGCGUGCUCUCGCGCUGCGGAGCGCCCUUCUCGCUUCUGUAUGCGCUCAUCCUGCUCCCUCGCCCGCUGCGCGACCUGGGCUACUCGUGCGUCGCGGCGGUGCGGUACCGCCUCUUUGGCAAGGACGACGGCGGCUCCUGCCGCCGCAUGACAAAGGCGAUGCGUGCGCGGUUCCUC